CCCGGGGCGGAAAACCUGCCGCCCCAGCUGCUUCUGUAGACUGGGAGAGAGAGGAGGAAAGAGGGACCCGAGCAGCGCGCCCGCCAGCCCAGCCUACGCCUAUGGGCUGGAACAGAGCCCGGAGGCCACCAGAGAAAAGGACACCGUAGGUGCUGAAAGCCCUGUGAGGUUUCCCUGGCUCUCCUCUCAGCCGGCAGGAGGGGAAACUGAGGCAGAAAGGCAGGGUGACAAUUGGAUCAACCAGCAACCAUCGUGCCAGGCGAUGUGUUCUCCUCCAGGGAUGCAAAUACUGUGAAAGGAACAAUCCCUUUUGAUGCUGGAGAGCCAGACCCUCCUAAUCGCUGGUGCCUUUCUCCUGCUUCUGCUCCUGGCCUGGAAGUACAGAGACUUUGUGGUUCUGUCCUGGCAUGACUACAUCUUAAUGUCCAUCACCAACUUCAUCUCCGGCAUGAGCAAAGAGGAGAGGAUCCUGAACUGGGUAAAGGAGAAUGCGGUGGUGGGCGAUCCCAAGAGCGUGAUGGAUGCCAUUGACAAGUACUGUUACCAGAAGGAGUGGGCCAUGAAUGUGGGCGAUACCAAAGGUCUGAUUGUGGACAAGGUGGUGGAGGAAACCAAACCCAAGGUCCUGCUGGAGCUGGGCACUUACUGUGGCUACUCGGCCGUGAGGAUGGCCCGCCUGCUUCCCCCCGGCGCACACCUCUUCACCAUUGAGUUCAACGAGAGCUUCGCGUCCAUUGCCAAGCAGAUAAUCCAGCUGGCCGGCCUACAAGAUAAGAUUUCUAUCCUGCAGGGGCCCUCCCAGGAAAUCAUCCCCCAGCUGAAGAAGAAGUAUGAUAUCAACACGGUUGAUAUGGUCUUCAUGGAUCACUGGAAGUUCCGGUACCUUCCGGAUACCAAACUCCUAGAGGAAAGCGGGGUCCUUCGGAAGGGGUCAGUGCUGCUAGCUGACAAUGUCAUCUGCCCCGGGGCUCCAGACUUUCUGCAGUACAUCCGGAACAACAAACGCUUUGAAUGCACCCACUUCCCUUCCACUCUGGAGUACUUGAAAGUGAAGGAUGGCUUAGAGAAGGCCGUGUUCUUGGGCUGAAGGCUGCCCAUGGACAGAGGCUAUGGUGGGGGGAGAUGUGAAGGUGGAAUGUGGGGGUGGGGGGAGGGCAUUCAGAGCUCAGCCUGGGGCCUCAGGAAUUCAGCCUGGGGCCAGGGUCCCCUGGGGCCUCAGGAGCCUUUUCUAUUUUCUUCAAGUAAAAAAUACAUACCCAAACCCA